AUGCAUGAUUUUCCUUUACAGUUCCAUUUGCAGAAAUUGGAACGAAAAUAUCUUAUUGGCGGUGCAGGAGUUGUUACUGGACAAUCAGUAGGAAGUGAUUACGUUAUUUUUGAACCAGGAAGCCGACAUUCAUUUCAACAGGCUUUAGGAAGAUCAAUAGCUAAUCCUACGGCAAUGAUUCUAUGCGCAGCGAAUAUGUUGAAGCAUCUUCACCUACACGACUAUGGCAGCGCUUUACAAACAGCUGUUGAGAAGGUGGUUAAAGACGGGAAGAUUCGUACCCGAGACAUGGGAGGAUCCACUGCAUCUAGUACUAUAGAAAUGAAGAAACAGAGUUAUGAUGCGAAGCGAUAUGUCAUGUUUAUUGUCGUAAAAUACGCCUCCACAACCGAGUUCGCAGAUGCCGUCGUAAACUGCUUCGAAAUGUAA